AUGAGUCUCCCGCGUUUCCGGCUCGUACAAGGAAAGGCGAUAGGGGAGCGAUCAACGCCUACCAGUUCUUCUUCUAAUGGCGUUAGCACUACAGAGCCGGUAUGAGAUCUGAAACAAGUAAUACUAAACCAGCUCAUUCAUACUUACAAUUUCAGACAUCACAGUCAAUUCAAAAUGUGCUUCCUCAGCAUCCAGUCAAGACGGAGAUCACAAGUGUGGAGAACUACCAGGAGAACCUGCCGAUGAAGCCAGAGCCACAGAUGAUUAUAAAGCAUGAACUUCCGAAUAUGGGCUUCGAUGAUCCCACGUCUCCACCAAUGAUGAUGGGUGGCACGUCUCGUAAGCAGACUAACAAUGAAUCUAAAAUAGAAAUGCUCGUUUUCAGAACAUCAACAUCCGAUACAAAGACCCGGUCAACAACAACAGCUUCAAUUCCAGAAUCCGAUGGCGAUUGGGGAAGACGAUAAGAACGUCACCAAAUGUGUGCGGUUUCUAAAGACUCUGAUAAAUUUGUCAAAUAACGAAGAUCCAGAACAACCGGACAAGGCGGUCAGAGUCCAAGACUUGAUAAGGGUAAACAAGACUUUUGUAAUCUGGGUCCCAUGCGCGAACCGAGCUGACGCUCUGAAGCGGCUUUGCCGCUACCGAACGUCAGCUCGGCCCGCGCAGCGGGCGCAGGUUCGAAAAGUCUUGUAAACAAACAAACAAACAGACUGACAUACCCGUGAAGACUUUAUAAAUAAGAAUGAUGAUGAUACCAAAUGACUUCGAAUGUUAAUAUUGCAGGGAGUCAUAUAUGGAGAGACGACUGCAGAAGAGUUCACAAGGAAUCUUCAGCAAGUUCUGAAAUCUCAAGCACAGCCGCAUCUACUUCCGUUCCUACAGAAUACCUUACCCGCGUUAAGGGCGGCAGUGAGAAACGGUAGGGGAUUUUAACAAUCCUAUUGUUUUCCGGGAUUGUUGCUCAUUUCUGUAAUUGUAGGUGAAGCACAGGUCGAUGGAGUCUCCCCUCCAAUCGGAUAUGUGUUCAGCAACGGACGAGCUCCCCCUCCACAGCAGUCCCACGAAAUGAGGCCGCCAAUGCCUCCUCCGGCUGGUCACCCAUCUCAACAGAUCAUCUCUCGCCUGAAUGCCGAGCCACAAAUGGCGCCUCGUCCGCUUAUACAAAGAACAGGCCCAGCACAGGUUCCGAUGCAUCCACAGCGGCCGCCAAUGGGUGGACAGAUGCCGAUGGGUCCACCUACGAUGCAUCCGAUGGGACCACCUAUGAUGCAGCACCCGCAUGGUCCCCAACAGCAGAUGCCGCCACCACAAAUGCAGCCGAGCAUGAAUCCAGUCCAACAUCAGGGCGAACGAAUGGAAGUGGACGAACCCCCUCGGAUGAGGCAGUACGCGGAAACGUCUUUAAAGUCGUCUAUUCUAAGGCCGGACGAAAUUUUGAAUAGAAUAACGAAGCGGAUGAUGGCGUCGUGUACGGUGGAAGAAGAAGCGCUCGUCGCCAUUUCUGAUGCUGUCGAGUCUCAACUCCGUGAUAUGGUAACUCUGAUGGCUGGCAUUGCAGAGCACAGAGUAGAAUCCAUGAGGUUGGUGAUGCACAGUAAACGUGUUUUCCAGUUCACGCAAGAUUCCAGAGUUCCCGAAAACUAUGUGUCAUGCGAUGACGUCAAAAAGCAACUUCGAUUCUUGGAAGACUUGGAUCGUCAGGAAGAAGAGAUGAGAGAAAGCCGAGAGAAAGAAUUACUGAUCCGACAGAGCAAGAAUAAGAAUAUCGGAAAAGAAACGAUGGAUAAGGCGAAAGAAGUGCAAAGACAGGUCGCAGAGGCACAACGGAAUCGCGACGCGAAUGCAGCUGCGAUUGCUGCUCUUUCUAGUAACCGGACGGUUAAAAAUAAGUAUGUAGCUUUUCCGGAAAUUCCUAAAUUUUUUAUAUCCAAUUUCAGAUGGGAAGGCUCUGCUCCAGCGUCCAGUGCACCUCGUCCACGAACAGUACGGGUUACCACACGAGAUCUCCAUCUUCUUGCAAACACGGAUAAUCGAUUCAGAGGGUGACAUUUUUCCUACCAACAUCUAAAUUAUCUUUUUAGUUUUCAGGUCAUUCAUUCGCGAGAAACUAGCCUACGGAGGUCCAGCAACUGACAAUCUCCUCUAA